UAUCAUAGCCGGCGAUUCGUGGACGACAAUUGACCGCAUUUCUCGCUUAAAUGUAGAAUUAAUCUUCUUUAGAGCAACUAUUGCCUUCGAUUUAGUAGUCAAACGUCUCUCCAGAGGUAAUUGAAAGUCUUUUCUGGUGAUAAACAGCUAUAUUCAAAUGUUCGUUUGCCCUCUAGUUGAGGAUAUCUGUCAGGCGUUCCUAGCGCUCGACUGUGGAAAACUAGUAGCUAAUGUCGGGCUCAGCUUAUAUCUCUGUGCACAAGGAUUGUAAAAAUAUACUUUUUUCUUCACGAUAGGGAAAUCAUGUCUUUGACAGUUUUUACGACAGAGUUUUUUUCCUAUUGACACUGUUGAUAUUUAACAUUACUAUUUAACAGUUUUCUGCAAAAUUUUCCGAAGACAACAGUGUCGGGAAUAAAUUAAAAGAAAGAAAACAUUCUUUAUUGCUUUAUUAAUCAUAAUGAAGUCGUAUCAUUAAAACCUCAAAAAGGAAAAAAAAAAGAAAACAAAAAAAAGGAAUCGUGCACUGGCCGGGAAUCGAACCCGGGCCUCCCGCGUGGCAGGCGAGAAUUCUACCACUGAACCACCAGUGCAUCUGAUAGUUAAWGRRAAAACCUUAUAUUAUUUAUUCCGAUAUAAUUCACAAGAUGUACAAGCAAACCGCAUUUCRUAAGGAGCGCGGUCGCUAAUUCAUUUUCUCUCCAUAUUUUUGUAAAAAGUUUUGAAUGGCUGAAAGGAAAUAUGUUUUGACUUCUUAACGAUUAUAGCUCAUCAAAAUGCUUCAAAACUACGGACGAGUGACACAAGCUUUGCUAGGAACUCUUUUUACAUGGGCUGUAACGGCGGCCGGCUCUGGACUUGUGUUUUUGUUCAAUAGUGGGCAGCGAAAAGUGCUCGAUGGAAGUUUAGGCUUUGCUGCUGGGGUCAUGCUUGCAGCUUCCUAUUGGUCACUCUUAAGUCCAGCUAUUGAGUUAGCAGAGAAAUCUCCUUUAUAUGGGAACAACGGUCAACUAGCCUUUUUACCAGUAUCAAUAGGUUUUGCCUUAGGUGCAGCAUUUGUUUAUGCAGCAGAUGUCAUUCUCCCAUAUUUGGGUUUAGAUAAGCCAAGUAUAAUUGACAACAUAGAAUCUGAUAAUACAAGCACAUAUGGAAAACAAACUAGAAAUGAAGAUAUAGUGUUCAAUAAUUCAAGGCCAGGACAUGGUACUGUAACUAAGAGAACUUUAACAAAUCAACAUGUCGAUAGGAAUAUAGAAAAACAAGAGAUAUGUUAUGAUGACAACAAGGAGGAUAAAAAACUGGCAAGUUGGAAAAGAAUAGUUUUAUUAAUCAUAGCAAUUACAGUACACAACAUACCAGAGGGUCUUGCUGUAGGUGUUGCUUUUGGUGCUAUUGGCAAGACAGCUUCAGCAACAUUUGAUAAUGCAAGAAAUCUUGCAAUAGGUAUUGGGAUACAGAAUUUCCCAGAAGGCUUAGCAGUUAGUUUACCCUUACGUGCAUCAGGAAUGGGUCUUUGGAAGAGUUUCUGGUAUGGCCAGUUAAGUGGUAUGGUAGAACCAAUAGCAGGCYUACUUGGUGCUUAUGCUGUUAUUGUCGCCGAGCCCAUUCUACCCUAUGCUCUKUCAUUUGCGGCUGGUGCAAUGGUGUAUGUUGUAGUGGAUGACAUCAUACCUGAAGCUCAAACAUGUGGUAAUGGAAAGCUAGCAUCCUGGACAACAAUCGUUGGCUUUAUAGUGAUGAUGUCUUUAGACGUUGGUCUUGGUUGACUAUGGUAUCGCUACAAGUCUAGUCUGUUUUUAUUAUAGCUGUAAUGGUAUAGGGUGUACUCGGGUACUCAGCAUCGUCAUUACACAGUCAACAUGACUGUCAUUUCUAGCAAUAACAUUUCAACCCAUGACAUGGAAUCCGGAGAGCUCAUAUAGAGUCCGGAUUCCAUGAAGAAAGAUUUCGCAAGGAUUCUGGAUUUCACCAUACUGGAAUCAGAAUUUAAAGCAUCUUUUUUGUCGUUUACAAUUAGGAAAAAAUUGGAAAAUUGAAAAUUAAAAAUGUUUUAUCAAGCAGGGCUCUGCGAAGUGAGUGUUUUUCACUUCUUUCGUUUUCUGUCCUCUGCUCAACCCAAUUGUAUUGUUUUGGAUUCACACCGCACAAACUGUUUGACUAUCCGAGAUUUGCAAAGCUCCUGCGCACGCCCUAUCAGCCCCCCCCUAUCAUGUUUUGGUUUGUUCAGUCGUACCUUAGUAUAAUCGCAUCAAUGAUAAUUUCAAACCAAUACAAAUCACAGAUGGCUUUUAUUGUGUCAAAGUCUUAAUACACUACUAAAUGUCUAGUCCAGUAACACUACUGUCUAGUCCAGUUCUUUUCCCACUUUCUACAAAUUUCUUUAGUUUUACAAUCACAAUUUGAAGUUUUGGACCAAUAAUUGACAAGGUAUUCUCACUUAUAAAUAUUUGUUAUUAUUACUAAAAUAAUAUAUCUGUAUCAAGAAGCAACAUAAAAUGAUAGCUUUUAGAAAUGUAUUUAUUGAUAUCUUUGAUAUAGUUUUAUUGUACUUUGUUAUAUUAAAAUCCGAUCUACAGGACGCCAAACCUUAAUUUUCUAAACAAAGCUUCUAUAAAUCUGGAUUCUGGUUUGGGUCAAUUAUAUUAAUAAAAGGUUGAUUGAUUUCG